AAAGUGGGCGUUAGAAACGCUGUCGUCAGGAAAAAGGCGAUCUUUGGACACGUAUUGUAAACGCCCAUAGCGUUUUGUUCAUGAUUUUAAAUCAUAGACAAAAUACAUGGUUUUGUGUUCACCACUUGAAAGCUGAGCUGCAUUUGAUUAAGAAACAUGAAAAGGAGGUUAUUGCUGGUGUCAAACUCGACCCUUUACGGUGGAGGUUAUUUGGAUCACUGUCAACAAGAGAUAAAGCAGUUUUUCGGAGAUCAUGUGAAAAAAAUACUCUUCGUUCCCUACGCUUUAAAAGACCGGGACACUUAUGCUAGCACUGCCCGGAAAAAGUUCACAAGUCUAGGUUAUGAACUGGACAGUGUACAUGAAGCAGCCGAUCCUGUGGAGGCAGUGAAAAGGGCAGAGGGCAUCUUCAUUGGGGGCGGCAACACAUUCCGUCUGCUCAAAACCUUGUACGAUCACAAGCUGGUGUCAGAAAUCCAGAGGCGUGUGCUGGUGGACGGGGUUCCAUACAUGGGUUCAAGUGCUGGCACAAACGUUUCCACCAUCAGCAUCCAUACCACAAACGACAUGCCCAUUGUCUACCCUCCAAGCCUGGAUGCCAUUGGCCUGGUGCCUUUUAACAUCAAUCCCCAUUACGUGGAUCCUGACCCUAACAGCAGGCACAUGGGGGAGACCCGAGAGCAGCGCAUUCUUCAGUUUCAUGAGGAACCCGAUACACCACAUGUGCUGGGCUUGAGGGAGGGAUCAAUGCUGCUCGUGGAGGGACACAAAGCCACGCUGCUGGGCAGCACUAAUGCAAGGCUCUUCCCCAGAGGAGAAGCGGCCACAGAAUUCACGCCAGGGAGCGAUCUCAGCUUCCUACUGACAGACUGAUCACUGGCUGGAAGCAGAAUGGCAUCUCACAAGCACAUAUCAUAUCAUGUGACCAGAGGAAUGACUGUACUUACAAGCAGAUUUAAGCUUACUGUUAAAAACAAUUGUCCAUUAAUCUUAAAUACUUUGGUUAGAUAUCUACUGUUAAGCAUCAAACCUGAAUGCAACACAUACAGGAGACCAAAAUCACAAGAGAUGUUUAUUAAGACGCUGAAGAAGAAAUGUACCCAGAAAAUGCAAAAAUGGUUCUAUUCAGGUAGUAUAAUUGAGACCUUGCAUUUUAAAUAGGAAAUUACUAUCAUUCAAAGACACUGAACAUCUAAAAACAUUAGGGAUCCAGAAGCUACUGCAGCUUGGAAGAUUUUUUGCCAUCCUACAUAGAUGUUUGUCCUUGACACUCUAUUUUUAAUAGUAAAUAAAUUGUGAAAAUCAAUGGCUUAACUAUCUGACAUCACUAAAACCAUUACCUUUUUCUGUUAACUUAAUACGAGGAAAUGAUAAUUAUCCUGAGCACCAAUCAAUUAACAGCUUUUCUAACGAUUUGUUCAGCUGCUUUCUAACAAAGGCACUAUCCCUUUGGCCCAUGUUUCCAGGACACCGUGUGCGCAUGAAUACUCUGGCUAAAAUGAGCCUUUUUCUAAUGUUUUUGUUAUAGCAGUGUAAGUGUAUGUGCCCGCUAAUGGGUGGGAAUACUGUCCAGAGGGCUUCCUAGCUUUGUAUCCUGUGCAUCAAUGUACCGGACAGCCAAUUGAAAUACGGAUGGACAAUGGUAAUAAAAGGAGCUGAUAUGAUGUAUUCUUUAAAGUUUCCCCUCAUGGUCUAGAAUGCUGAUCAACAGCAACUCAAAUUGUAACUUUGGAUACAGUUUUUUUUAACUUAAAAAUGCAAUUCCAGUUUUGACCACAAGAGGUCAAGAUUGUAUAUUUGUCGACAAUUAAUGUAUUCCCUGGGUGAGGAAUAAAUAUGGUUUUGGGAGUGGUC